AUGACGCCUAAGAGGGUUCCGUAUGAGACUGUGAUCUGUGGUGUUGAGGAGGCUAUAACGCGUAACAAGGUGCCGUCGUGCGACGCGGAAGAGUUAAGACAGGAUGUUGCCGUUAUUCUAAGGAAAGCCAAACUUCCAAAGAGUAAUACCACUGCGGAGGAGCGAUCAGCCCUUAGGGAUCUAAAGGAAAAUGAGGACAUCCUGGUUCUUAAGGCUGACAAGGGAAACGCCACUGUAGUGAUGAACUCAACGGAUUAUGACAGCAAAAUACGGCACUUACUGGAUGACAGUCUCGUAUACAAGCCUGUUUCGUACAACCCUACAGCUAGGGUCUCUCGUCGCAUUAGGGCUGUCAUCAAAGACAACAGGGAGUUGUUCGAAGAAGACGUGUUCGAUCGGUUGUACAAACCCAAGAUCGUACUGCCACCUAAACUGUACGGAUUGCCAAAAGUACAUAAAAGGAAUGUGCCUUUGCGGCCUAUCGUGAGUCAAAUCUCUUCUCCCACUUACGAUCUUGCAAAGCAUGUUGCGUCGGUGUUGCAGCCGCUUGUGGGUAGUAUGUCGUCUUUUGUGAAGGACUCUCGUCACUUUAUAGAUAUUCUCAAGGGAAUAACGCUGGAACCAGAUGAGGUAAUGGUGAGCUUUGACGUUGAGUCGCUCUUCACCAAUGUUCCCGUUAAAGAAUGUCUAGAAGUAGUCAGAAGGAAACUGAGCGAUGAGGGUAUAUCGGAGUCAGUAAUGGUGUUGCUGAGGAACUGCUUGGAAGGAAGCUACUUUUUGUAUUGUGGAAAGCAUUACCUCCAGAUUGAUGGGGUAGCCAUGGGUAGCCCUGUAGCACCGGUUUUGGCAAAUAUCUGGAUGGAGCAUAUCGAAGCCAGUAUAAACUUGCAGCCUUGGGCGGUGAAGUUGUGGAAGCGCUAUGUGGAUGAUGUUUUCUGUAUUAUGAAGGGUGGGAAGCAGGAGGUGGAGCAACUACUCCGAUAUCUAAAUUCAAUUCAUCCGAAGACGAAGUUCACGUAUGAAUUGGAAUCACAGCGCAGUUUGCCGUUUUUGGACGUGAAAGUGAUUGGUCGAGUGGACGGAACCCUAACUCAUACUGUUUAUAGGAAACCUACACACACUGACAGGUAUUUGAACGCCCUUUCUCACCACCAUCCUCGUCACUUACAAUCGGUGGUUACCUCGCUAGUAAACAGAGCACAUGAUCUGUGUGACCCUGAAUAUUUAGAGAGCGAGAUGUCGCAUAUUCAGGAGGUACUAAGGAGGAACGGGUACAAGAUUCGACAAAAACACAAAACGAUAUUUGCCAAAUAA